AUGCAGCACAGUGGACACGACUUACAGUGUGUAGGCGCUGGACACCCAGCAGGCACAACGUUUGUGCACGGGAAAGUGGCAAGGCGGAUUACGUCCAACAGUUUGAUUGUACCAUACGAGACACAAGAGACGAAGGUCAUGUGCAAAGCUGAGGAUCUUUUCGCUCAAUUGCCGUGCCUUGCAUUAGAAGUUGCUCGCGGUCUUCCGCAAGCCGCAGGUGUCGCGUUGGAUUGUUAA